AUGGGAAACAAACCUGCCAAACAGAAACAAGAGAGGGAUGAACUUCUUUUGAAGAAUCCGCCACCUAUCGACCCUGUUUUUGGCCGUUGGCUUGCUCGUGAUAUUCAGAGUGUAGAGGGUUACGCUUUAAAAAAUUUGAAAAAGUUGACACCACCAGAUCAUUACAUCGAGUUCAUGCGAUUGUAUGGAUGGUUGGACCUGGAUUUAGACGACCCGGAUUUGGCUCAUUUGUUCAAGUGAAAACCCAUCCAGGCCUAGCAUAUAUUUGAUGUGUUUGUAUUAUUGUAUAUGAUUAAUCUUGUGAGAUGAACAUUGUACUCAAAUCUGAUAGGCAUGUUUGGUUGUGUAUGUUAAGAGUAAUCAAAUAUGAUC